AUGCCUGUUACAGCCAUUACCUCGUUUGAACAAUUUCAAGAUAUCAUCAAUGGCGAUAAGCCUGUUGUAAUCGACUUCUGGGCAGAAUGGUGCGGACCUUGCCGAGUUAUUUCACCUUUCUUCGAGGAGCUUUCGAAGGAAUCAGAGUUUGGCGAUGUCGAAUUCUACAAAGUUGACGUCGAUCAAGAAGAAAGAGUUGCUCAGGAGGUUGGCAUACGUGCAAUGCCAACCUUUGUUGUCUUUAAGGACGGACAAAAGGUGGAUGAACUUAUUGGGGUCAAUCAACAAGGCUUGCAAGUACUUGUUCGUAAGGCAGCUGAGUUUGCUUAG